AUGGAGGCAGCGUACACGAGCGCGUUUGCGCUGGACGCGACCAGCGCCGAGCUGACCGACGACGCCCAUGCGUACGAGCAAGAGAUGGCGCUCGACAGGUACAUGCAGUCGCCCGACAAGGACGACGACGCCGAUACGGACGUGGGCAGCAUGACCUUUCUGCCGCCUACCCUGGCGCCGGCGACGUCGCUCAAGGACGAGAAGCGCCGCCGUCUCCUGGCCCAUCCCAUGGUGCUGAGCGUCUCAACCGAUGGCCGUGAGGUUGCUUGCAAGUGUGGCCGCAUCGUGCGCCUCAACCCGCCGUGGUACAUGCUCAAGUACGACCAGCACACGAUGAGUCGCAACUGCGGCGAGCCACGGCCGAGCCGGAAGCGCACGGCCUUGGCGCAAGCUUCUGUGAGUGCAGAUGUCGAUACAAUCCUGGCACAAGGCGAGCCUGGCCCAGACGCGUCUGUCCUUGACGAACACCGCUUCCGCGUCGCGCAGCAGCUGCGCGAGCACCCCAAGUUUGUUGCGCUGGCGCCGGAUGGGCUCUCGAUCGAGUGUCGCUGCAACCGGCUCGUGCACCUCGAGGGCCCAUGGCAACCGGCAGCGUUCUUUGCCCACGUCGAGAGCGAUGUCUGCGAUCGGCCCGUGCAGCGCAAGCGUCGCCGCGCGUCGCCGCCGCCGCCACCCUCGUCGGUGCUCGCACUGCCAUGCCCCGGCAUUCGGUCGCCGGAUGUGGCCGUCUACGUGCGCGCAGCGGUCCAGGUCACGGGCGGGUCCCGGCCGCGCCAUACGAUCGCGCGAGAGCUCUUUCCGCGUCUGCUGCCACCCGGUGGGCCGUGCGAGAUGGCCAAACUGCUCUGCCCGACCGAGAAGAAGCUGCUGCACGACGCGCUGCAGCGCGAAGCGCUCUGGUGGAUCGACAAGGAUGCAGGUACCGUCCGGAGCCUCCAGUGCACGGGUGCGGCGACGCGCACGACCUCCGACGCGACGCGGCUGCCCUGCGCGAAAUGCAGUCAUCUGCGGUCGAUUCCGUCGUUCCGAACAGCGGUCGCGAGUGCCAACAAGCCACCCAAGGCGCUGCGUCAAACCAAGUUUAUACCCAAGAGCCUCGGGCCGGCGUCGGCCGUCGACGCGCUCCUCGUCCACGGGCAGGACGCCUACGUCCGCGAGCUCCGCGAUCUGCUUGCACAGCACGCGAGCGAUGCGACCAAGUGCAGCCAUGUCUGGCUCCAUGCCGCCGAAGUCGGCUUGCGCAACGAACUCGCCGACCACCCAGUGCUCCUUGCCGUGCUCGAGUGGAUCGUGCAUUUGAAAGAAAAGGAGCGGCGCGGCGUCGGCAAGCAAAACAUGCCGAUAUCCCCGGCCUUGGAUGCGUUCCAUGCGGCACUUGCCGACUUGUCCGAGGACGCGGCGACGCUCUUCAGUCUGCACUUUUGCGGCCGGUCCAAGCGAAGCAGGUCCCGGAAAUCGGAUGGACACGUGCUCUCAUUGCUGCCGCCAGACGCCGCGCUGGGCGACCUCAUGCUGUCGCUACCACCGUCGGACGACCCGCCCUCGGACAAUGACGACCACGACCUUGUACCGGACGAAGUGCCUCUGGACGAUCCGAUCGCGCCUCCUGCGUCCACGGUGCUGGCCCAGCGCGAAGCCGCGUGGGCAAUCCAUAGUCAGAGUCACCCGAACGAAGAGAUUCCGUGCCCCGGCAUCACGGCGGUGCACGAAUUCGUGAGCGCGAGCUUCCAGCCCAUUGGCGGCAGCCGCCCGCGGUACGUGCUCGCGAAAGACUAUGCCCCGGACGCGCUCGUCGACGGCAAGUUGGUGCUCUCGGCCCUGACGCCGGCGCAAGCCGACGUGAUCCACGAUGCGGCGUUCCGCGAGUCCCUCUGGCGCAUCGACAAGCACGGCAAGUGCGUUCGCAGCCGGCGCUGCCUCCGCAGCUGCACGCGGGCCCUGGGUGCGUGCGACGCCUGCCGCAGCCUCCACCGCAACGCGACCUUUCGAUCGGCCGUGAGCCGCGCCCGCAAGAAAGCGGGCGACCCCGCGUCGGUGCUCGCGAAUGUCAAGUUCACGCCGCACGCGUUCACGAAGCACGACCCGCUCCUGCGCGCCGUGGCCGGCAACCCGAGCCUUCGAUCGCUUGUGCUUGACACGCCGCGCGACGACGACCGCGGGGUCUUCUGGCUCAAGCUCGCGCGCUUGGGCCUCGGAGGCGCGUUCCGCGAGUUCAGCGUCGUCGAAGGCGUCUUGGCGAGCGUCUUGGAUGUCAAGGACAAGGCGCGGCGCGGCGUCGGGAAGCAAAACAUGACGUACACACCGGCCCUCGACGCGUUCCUCGAGGAGCUCGCGGCCACGUCACUGCCAGCGUUUGAGCUCUUUGCGGGUCAUUUCUGCGUCCGGUCGCUGCGCUCGAGCAAGCUCCUCGGUGUCGGCCCCUCGGACGAUGAGCCGAUGGCGAUGCCCGCGAUCUUGAUGUACAGCGACGACGACGAGACCGGGCACAGUAGCAGCGACCGGCUCUUGACCGAUGCGUUUUUGGGCACGUCGGAGAGCGCGCUCGGCCUCGCAUCGGCCCUCGCGCGCCUCGAUACUGAUAUCCACGGCAACGACGUCAUUUCGCUCUAG